AUGAAUGACGAGUCUGCAUCAGUGUCCCAAAGGCAGCCAACUAUUGAAGAGUUGAAGCAACAGCGUGGUUCUUCAAAGGGUAGCAUGACCCGAAUAAAAAAUCAUAGACGUCCAAGCUUUUCUGAUAAAUCGUUUAUGUUGCCUCAACCACCAUCGAAUAGGUUACCCAAUCUGAAAUUGCCCAAAUUUGACGGGAAAUAUUUGGAGUAUAAGAAUUUUAUAAAUUGUUUCAACAAUUUGGUUCACAAGGAUCAAAAUAUACCCACUUCAGAAAAGUUUAACCAUUUAUUAUCUUGCCUCAGUGGGGAAGCGCUUGCAACAGUAAAGGCAUUCCAGGUAACCGAUGAAAACUAUCCUUGUGCCCUGCAAAGAUUGAAAGAAAGGUACGACAACGAUACACUUAUUUUUCUCGAGAAUGUCACGUCGAUGUUUGAUAUUUCAAAAUCAAAUAAACCUGUUCCAAAACAAUUAAGAAAUAUUGUGGAUACAAUCUCAGCUCUUUAUAGCUCGUUAAAGUCCCUUGGCUCAUACGAGCAAAUUUGUGAUGCAUUCAUAAUUCACCUCGCAAUGAGCAAAGUUGAUUCUGAGACUAAACAAAGGUGGGAUGAAUUCAUCGAUUAUUCCAAAUUGCCCUCUUGGACUGAAUGUUGUGCCAUGUUGGACAGACGUUGUCAACAAUUAGACGCACAGUGUCGAAGGUCGUCAAAACAAUUCGUCCCUAAUACAACGACAAAUUAUUCACAUAAUAAUAAACAACAUUCGUUUGUGACUAAACAUGUAUCUGAAGACGUCGUUUGCACUCAUUGCUCGAAGUCUGGUCACUUAAUAUCAACAUGUCAACGCUUCAUCGUUUUAACACCUAACCAAAGAAUGGAACAGGCUAAACAACAAAAACUUUGUCUUAAUUGUUUAUCAAAAGGGCAUGUUUACAUACAAUGUCCCUCUAAGUAUUCGUGCAGAUUUUGCAAGCAACGUCACCACUCGCUUCUCCAUAAGCAAAUCGAAGAAUUAACUGUCCCCUCAGACAAGCCUUCGCCCUCCUCCGCAGCAACCCAUGGCACAUUUCAAAACCAUAAUAGUCGUCAAGUAAGCAAUGUUAUUUUGGCUACUGCACUGGUAUUGGUUCGUGAUUCUGAGGGAAAAUAUCAGCUUGGACGUGCUCUUCUUGACUCGUGCUCUCAGGUGAACUUUAUAAGCGAAAGUUUGUGCAGAUCGCUCAACCUGAAAAAAUGUGCAAACUCUACUGAUAUUUCAGGGGUUGGUUCCUCCAUAUUAAAGGUCGCUUAUAAAACGCAAACCACAGUUAGAUCCCGUCUAAAUAACUUCAUCUUAUCCCUGGAAUUUCUUAUUUCUCGCAACAUUACUGGCUAUCACCCCGAUGAGAAUAUUUCAAUAAAUGACUUUAAUCUCCCUCCUAACAUAGAUCUGGCAGAUCCAGAUUUUCAUCGUCGACGGGGAAUAGACAUGCUUCUUGGAGCAGAAUCAUUCUUUUCCCUCUUAUCUGUUGGUCAAAUACGUCUUGGAGAGAAUUUACCAACUCUACAGAAAACUCUGUUAGGAUGGGUUGUCUCAGGGAAAUACUUAAGUAACAACUUGACACCAUUACGUAAGUCAACCUACUCUAUUGUGGAGAAUGUGUUUCAAGAGCUAAAUAAGAACGUUGAAAUGCUAUGGAAAAUUGACGUUGUUGAAGGCAAGCGUCAAAAUAUGACCCUCGAACAGCAAGAAUGUGAAACCCACUUUUUGAAAACCGUGUCAGUUCAGCCAGAUGGAAGAAUUAUUGUCAAGCUGCCCCUAAAAGGUGAUCCGAAGUGGCUUGGUGAUUCAAAGGAUAUAGCUCUGCGUCGUUUUCUUACGAUGGAACGAAAAUUGAAUCGAAAUCCUGAUUUGAAGAAGGAUUACACGAAAUUUCUCAACGAAUACGAAGAAAUGGGUCACAUGUCCCAACUGGACAAUGCCGAUAAUGUCUCUCCCAAUUAUUACAUACCACAUCACUGUGUUCUUCGCCCCAACAGUGUCUCUACAAAGCUACGUGUCGUUUUCGAUGCAUCUUGUCGUUCGUCUUCUCAGUUGUCUCUUAAUGAGAUCAUGAUGGUGGGCCCAACAAUUCAAAACAAUUUGCUUAUCACCUUGCUUUGUUUCAGAUGUCAUCGCUAUGGGUUGACAGCUGAUAUAGUUAAGAUGUAUCGGCAGGUGAUAGUUCAUCCAGAAGACAGACAUCUUCAAUUGAUCCUUUGGCGAGAUGAUUACACACAACCAGUACGAACGUAUGCUCUCAACACCGUUACAUACGGGACUGCCUCGGCACCAUAUCUGGCAAUAAGGAGUUUGCACUAUGCAGCAGAACGUUUUCCCAAGGCUUGCGAAGUUGGAAAAGCAGUAGUCACAAAUGACUUUUAUGUGGACGAUAUGGUGACAGGGGCAGAUGACUUUGACUCUUUGGAACGCAUCCAAAGGAAGGUAAAGGAAAUUUUAUCUUACUCGAAAUUUUCACUAUCGAAAUGGCAUAGCAAUUGUACGCAAUUGGCUGCAUGUGAAGAUGGAAUUAAAGAAAUGAAACUUGAUGAUGACGUCACCAGCACAUUGGGGAUGACUUGGCACUCAAACGAUGACACAUUCCACUUUGAGUUUAGGCCAUCAAAAACGUAUUCACAUAAUAUCAAAAGAAACAUUCUGUCUCUUACGUCAACACUUUUUGACCCAAUGGGUUUGAUCAGCCCUCUCAUCAUAAAAUCGAAAAUCUUGCUCCAACAUCUCUGGAUCCUCAAGUGUGAUUGGGAUGAAUCCGUUCCCCAAGAAAUUGACUCCGCUUGGAACGCCAUUGUCGCCGAUUAUCAUAAUUUGCCACAGGUGAAAAUUCCACGAUACAUUCAUUUGCCAAAUUCAAUUAAUAUCCAAGUACAUGGGUUUGGAGAUGCCUCAGUAAAAGCGUAUGGUUGCUGUUUGUAUUUUCGCUGCGAAGACGCAUAUGGAAAUAUAGCAGUUCAUUUGGCAACAUCAAAGUCAAGAGUUGCCCCGUUAAAGACAAGAACACUGGCUCGACUUGAACUAUGUGCCUCACAUUUACUCGCGACAUUCUGGAAUCAACUGAAACAGCAUUUUACAUUUCCGAUAUCCAAUGUGUAUUUCUGGUCCGAUUCACAAAUAACUCUUCAUUGGAUAAAUUCUCACUCUUCAACCUUAUCAACUUUUGUUGGUAAUCGGGCGGCAGAAGUUCAAGAGGUUUCUGGGAAUGUCUCAUGGCGGUACGUGCCGACGAAUCAAAAUCCUGCAGAUCUGGUAUCUCGAGGUUGCACUGUCUCUGAUCUUUUGAACUCAUCUUGGCUCCAGGGUCCUUCUUUCCUCAUGAGUCCAUUUUGCGAGUGGCCGAAUCAUUCCGGUAAUGACCUUAGCGAUUCGGAUUUGCUGCUAGAGAGAAGGAAGACUACAUUAGCAACACAAACCAAAGAUUUACCUUUUGUGCUGAAAACUGUGCACAAAUACAGAAGUUGCCUCAUACGCUAA